AUGUCGCUGAUCCGCCGUGGCGACGUGUUCGACCCCUUCUCGCUCGACCUCUGGGACCCCUUCGACGGCUUCCCCUUCGGCUCCGGCAGCGGCAGCAUCUUCCCGCGCACCACCAGCUCCGACACCGCGGCCUUCGCCGGCGCGCGCAUCGACUGGAAGGAGAUGCCCGAGGCGCACGUGUUCAAGGCGGACGUCCCGGGGCUGAAGAAGGAGGAGGUGAAGGUUGAGGUGGACGACGGCAACGUGCUGCAGAUCAGCGGCGAGCGGAACAAGGAGCAGGAGGAGAAGACCGACACCUGGCACCGCGUGGAGCGCAGCAGCGGCAAGUUCCUGCGCAGGUUCAGGCUCCCGGACAACGUGAAGGCCGAGGAGAUCAAGGCGGCCAUGGAGAACGGCGUGCUCACCGUCACCGUGCCCAAGGCGGAGGCCAAGAAGCCCGAGGUCAAGCCCGUCCAGAUCACCGGCUAG